GCGGGGGAGACUUCUUAGAUACCAGGCUGCAAGGCUCUUUCCCUUCCGGUUUCUGCGCCCUUUCUCUGCGCGCUGGUUUCGACCUGGGCUGUAUAGUGUGGAGAAGGGGCGGGAUCCUUCCUCCCUUCUGCUCCUACUGGGGCGAGUCCACUUCGUGCCUGGCUGGAGUUCAGGGGUCCGAAGUGUCAGCUGUAGGCCUGGUGAAGCUUGGUGGCCCCAUGGCCCCGCUCGGAGCUUCCCCGCGUCUGGUGUUGCUGUUUAGCGGGAAGAGAAAAUCCGGGAAGGACUUCGUGACCGAGAGGCUGCAGAGCAGGAGCAUGGCUUGGACUUCCAGAAACUUCUGGACGCAAGCACUUACAAGGAGACCUAUCGGAGGGACAUGAUCUGUUGGGGGGAGGAGAAGCGCCAGGCUGACCCAGGCUUCUUCUGCCGGAAGAUUGUGGAAGGCGUGUCCCAGCCUAUCUGGCUGGUGAGUGACACACGGAGGAUGUCUGACAUCCAGUGGUUUCAGGAGGCCUACGGGGCUUUGACACAGACCGUCCGAGUAGUAGCCUCGGAGCAGAGUCGACAGCAACGGGGCUGGGUGUUCACACGAGGGGUGGACGAUGCUGAGUCAGAAUGUGGCCUGGACAGCUUUGGGGACUUUGACUGGGUCAUUGAGAACCACGGAGAUGAACAGUGCCUGGAGGAUCAGUUGGAGAACCUUCUGGAAUUUAUUCAUGCCAAACUUCAGCGCUGAGGCUUGAGGGGUGAGCAGAGACUGAUGGACCGGGCGAACCCUGCUUCUACCAGAUGUGGGUGCCCAGUCCCGGCUGAGGUCAGAAAACAGACAAACGGUCUGGCUUUAAACUUCCAGAGGAAUGAGGAGGAUGCUCGUGGGUAAUGGCAAAUAAAGAAACCUCCGGUGUGUGUGUCUUCCCUGGAGAGGACACUUACAGGGCAAAGGCCAAUGCAUUAGUUUUGCGUGAGACAGAAACAUUACCAUGCGCAUGGUAAGGCAGGCCUGCAGAACUGUGGUGGUGUUGCUUCCCCGUGUGUAAGCUCUCAGCCCUGGAAUCCUAAUAAACCUCCUUGGAGCACA